AGAGCGCAGGCUGCUGAUCGUCGUGUAUGAGAAGCGAGCGGCCAGUCGACAGGCUGUCAGAGCUCCUCGCGGCCACACAUUGGCGCCCUGCUCCGUGCGUGCGGCGGACCUGCCCAGUGAAAGAUAGCCAGACACCUGCAAAACAACUGCACGCUUGCUUUCUUAUUGGGGCUUUUUUUGUUUUUCCAUGCUGGAGGAAAAAGUUUUGAUUGAUUUUGCAAUUUACAGGAAGGAAACGUUUUUGACACCCUAUUGAAGCAUUCUUGUGGUUGCUAUUUAUAUCUACUGGAGUAAGACAUCGGAGGUGAAGAUAUGAAAUUAGCUGUUAGUUGCCCUUGGAUCCUUUGCUGGGUUUUAGUGUGCGUGGUGUCAGCUGGCACUGAGUCUUUUCCAGAAUCAUCACUCAAGACAAGAAUGAGCAAAGACAGAUGGAAAGAAGCGAGACAAAGUCAAUACAGAUGUCUCAAUACGUCCGACAAAGACACAAGCGGUGAGAGACACUUCUGUGGAAAAAUAUGGGAUGACUUUUUGUGCUGGGAAGAAACACCAGCAGGUACAUGGAUAACACAGAGUUGUCCCGAUCGCACUCCUGCCGGAAACGUGACUAAAUAUUGUGACCAAAGGGGUCAAUGGGUCCAAAUAGGUUCUACCUGCCCAGAGGCCUCCAAGGACACAACAGAGGACUUUUAUAAUAGACUCAAGGACGUCAAUGAACAUAGCAGGACUAUAGAGAAGAAAAUACGGGAGAACAAAGAGAAAUGCGUCAAGAAUACGAAACACGAUUCACCUCAUAAUAAAACAGGCUUGUUCUGUAGUCACAUUUGGGACGGUUGGCUUUGUUGGGAUGACACCCCGGCCCAAACCUACGCCACGCAGAACUGUCCUGAUUAUUUCCUCAACUUUGAACCCUCAGGAAAAGCAAGUAAAUACUGUGGAGAGGAUGGAGAGUGGUUCCGCCAUCCUGGGAGCGACACAUUCUGGACCAACUACACCCUCUGCACCAGCAAAUUCGAUAAGACGACAAGGAAGCAGAAACUGCUUGAGAGUGAAUACAAAUGUCUCUUGAAAAUGAGCCAAGACGCCGCCUUUAAUGAAUCAGGACUUUACUGCAGUCGGAACUGGGAUGGCUGGUUGUGCUGGGACGAUACUGCAGCAGGAACCUACGCCGCCCAAAAUUGUCCAGAUUACUUGUCGUAUGCACAACCCACAGAAAACGCGACCAAGUACUGCGGAGAGGACGGGCAAUGGUAUCGCCACCCGGACACCAAGAUCACGUGGACCAACUUUACACUCUGUGCCGUCGACGUUCAGGAAAGGCUGGAGGGGGCAAGCGCACAGCUCUCAGGCGACACGGAGCAAGACUUUGCCAACAAGGCCACAGCGGUGGACACAGAGGAGCAGGAGCACGGGAGAAAAAUCCUUGACAGCCAAUACAAAUGCUUUGAGAAGAUGAAGAGUGAUCCUCCUUAUAACAAAUCAAAAGUGUACUGCAGUCGCAACUGGGAUGGCUGGUUGUGUUGGGGGGACACGCCAGUAGGAACCUAUGCCUUUCAAAACUGCCCCAAUUAUUUUGUGGACUUUGACCCUACUGAAAAGGCAACCAAGUACUGUGAGGAGGAUGGUCAAUGGUUUCGCCACCCUGCCACCAACAGAACUUGGUCCAACUACACACUCUGCAAUGAAAACACAAAAGCAAAGCUGCAGUCGGCGUACAUCCUGUUUUACAUGGCUAUUGUGGGUCAUGCCUUGUCUAUAGUCUCCCUGCUCAUCUCUUUGGCCAUCUUCUUCUAUUUCAGGAGUCUGAGCUGCCAAAGGAUCACGUUACACAAGAACCUUUUCUGCUCCUAUGUGCUGAACUCUGCUCUGACCAUCAUCUACCUAGUGGCUGUGGUCAACAAUCCUCAAGUUGUGGCCAGAAACCCUGUAGGCUGCAAGGUGUUGCACUUCUUCCACAUGUACAUGCUGGGAUGCAACUAUUUCUGGAUGCUGUGUGAAGGAAUCUACCUGCACACACUCAUUGUGGUGGCUGUGUUUGCAGAGGAGCAGCAUUUGCAUUGGUACUACCUCCUCGGCUGGGGUUUUCCUCUCGUGCCUGCCUCCAUCCACGCUGUAGCAAGGACGACAUUUUUUGAUGACAACUGUUGGAUGAGCGUGGAAACUCAUCUGCUUUAUGCAGUGCAUGGUCCUAUCGUGGCAGCUCUCCUUGUGAAUCUCUUCUUCUUGCUCAAUAUCAUCAGAGUGCUGGUCACCAAGCUGAGAGACACACACCGAGCCGAGUCCAAUAUGUACAUGAAGGCUGUGCGAGCCACGCUCAUCCUAGUGCCCCUUCUGGGAAUACAAUUUGUCAUCGUUCCCUGGAGGCCGGAGAACCGGCUGGCGGGGGAGGUCUUUGAGUACAUCAUGCACAUACUCAUGCACUAUCAGGGUUUACUGGUGGCAAUCAUAUUCUGCUUCUUUAAUGGAGAAGUGCAGGCCGCUCUGAAGAGACAGUGGAUGCAGUACAAGACCGAGUGGGGUCAAAGACGAAAGGACCACUGUUCCAUGCGCUCCACGUCGUACACGGCAACCUCCAUUACGGAGGUUCCUCCCUUUAUGUACCAUCAAGACGGCAACAGCGAACACUUGAACGGGCGCCACACGGACGACUCGGAACUGGUGGCGCUGAAAGUGGGCGAGAUUCCCUGAGUCUUACAAACAGCACGGCAAUAGCCGAACAACAUGGUGGCGGCUGAAUCUCUGAGGCUAGUUUGUUUAGCCCUCGGGCCAAAAUGUGGACCAGGGGUUCAAAGGGCGACUGGGAAGGAGGAGGAGUCACUUCUAUCACUUUAUCGCAGCUGCUUUGUGACAAUGCCGAUGCUUUUGAGACCAGUCACACUGGUGGCGAGGAGACGGAAAUAACUGUGAUGACGACGUAAUUUGUUCGAGAAGACGUGAUGCAACAAAAUCCGUUUGAUUUUUCCCUACUACACCAAAGGGUACGGGAUGCUGGUCAAAGACUAAAGGGGGACGUUCUAUGCGAGCACAAAAGGGGUACUAAAGACCCUUGUUGAAAUGCCAGAUUUUUGUGAGCUCAAAAAAAAAAAGACCAUGAUAAAUCUAUUCAAAACUUCACAGCGCUUUUCAUCACCAAAUGGACAACAUAUGUACCUUCAGUGAAGCAAGCUGGUGGUGGCUGUUCUUCAUCUAGUAUUGAGGUGGAGGGAAUUUUGAGCAGUUCCAAAUAGGAAUCGGUGUUAGCACACAAGCGUUAGGAAUCACCUAGAAAGAAGGAGAAAAUGUCAGGGAAAGCCUACUGGAACAUCUGAACUUUAUUUGUGAUGAAUCACAAUCACAGAAGAGGGUGAGCAUACUUGUGCAAACAUCUCAGUUGCGUCUUUUAAUCCCCUCUUUCUAAAAGAUUAAAGACAAAAUAUUUGAUUUUGACCGAAGAAAAAUGAAAAACAGUUUUGAAAUUAUUUAUCUUGAGAUUUGAACAGGGAUGUGUAGGUUUUACAUCCAGUGUGCACACAACACAAACGGUAACAAUAUACCAGCAUCACCAGUCUGGACACAUGCCACGAAAUGUUACCAAUUAUCAUCAAGCUCUGGAAUUGUGUAAAUAGAUACAUGAUUUUUAAAAUGAAUAUUUUGUUUCUGAUUUCAUUAUUUCUCUUUCCUGAGUUGGUUGUUUUGUGAUGCCGCACACAAAACCGCUUUGCCAUUUUUGCUGAUGCUCAACAUCAUAAGCCUGAGAAGUAAGCGGAAAGUGAAAUGUGCAAAAGCAUACAAAAAAUAUUUAUAGAAAUAUACUCAACCCCAAAGGAAGUGGGACAGUGAGGCCAAUUUCUUUAUUUUCGGAGAACACUGAGCAUGUUUGAUUUUGACUUCAAAAGAUAAAUAUGAGUUCAGCAGUUCAGAUUUUAUUUGCAGGUAUUUAAAUCGGGAUCUGACACAAAACUUUAUCGGAAGGCCAGACUGGGAUUUGCCAAAAAGUACACAGAUGAGCUCCAGAAAUUGUGGGCCAACGAUUUAUGAACUUUUUUUGCCUCAUACUCAUCCUUUAACAUCAAACCCACACACAAGAGGUGGCCAACUUCCUUUAGAAAUUAAGGAGAGGUAGCUCUUGUUUUUUUAACCAGAAUUUAAAAGUAGAAAAAAAAAAAGAUUCAAAAGCUUUAUCAUGAACCACAUUAUAGAAAUACGUAUUUGCUGUAUUUACAAAAAGUCAUUCUAAUGUCUUGUGUUGCAGGUUAGAAAAAUGAUAGUGACAAUCAAUCUUAGCAAAUGACCUUCAUCUUGUGAUGAGUAUUUAUUUUAUUAACAAGUACUUAUUUACGUAAAUUUCUCACUCAUUUUCAAAAUAAGGGUUUGUUUGUCCGUGGUGAGAGCUUCUGUGUACAUUAUCAGCAUAGGUGGAAGUUGCCACGCUUUUUCCUGAGGCCAAAACGCAUACAUUUUAUGAUUUGUGUACUGUGACACCAGUUUGGUGGAUUCCUGUGGUUUGUUUUGUCUCCUUGUCUCUCUCGGCUUUGAUUGACAUCGUUGCAAAUGUGAUGGUAAAAAAUAAUGUCUUUUUUAAAAGCU